AUGUCGGGCCCCGGGCCGCGGGAGCCGCCGCAGGCGGGCGGGCCGGCGGGCCCCGAGGGCGCGGACGCGGCGCCGGGCGAGGCGGGGCUGAGCUUCACGACCACCGACCUGAGCCUGGUGGAGAUGACGGAGGUGGAGUAUACGCAGCUGCAGCACAUCCUCUACUCGCACAUGGAGGCGGUGGCGGCAGCGGCGGCGGGCGGCUUCGCUGCGGCUGGGGGCGCGGCGGCGGCGGCGGGGGGCGCGGCGCCCGUGUACCCGGUGCUGUGCCCGCCCGCGCUAGCCGACGGCGGCUUCGCGGGCGCAGCGCCCUGCCUGGGCCACGUCGACUUCCAGGAGCUGCGCAUGAUGCUGCUGAGCGAGGCGGGCGCCCCUGCCAUCGCCCCCGCCGAGAAGACGCCGGGCGCCGACGGCCCCUGUCCCCGCGCGCCGCGGCCCAAGGCGCCCGACGGCGGCGGCAAGGAGAACGCGGAGGGCGCGCCCGAGGCGCGGGCCAAGUCGGCCGUGCGCGUCCGCCUGGAGGACCGCUUCAACAGCAUCCCUGCCGAGCCGCCGCCCGCCCCGCGCGGCGCCGAGCCCCCCGAGCCCGGCGUGGCGCUCAACAAUUUGGUAACUCUUAUCCGACAUCCUUCCGAAUUCAUGAACGUCCCUCUACAUCAGCAACAAAACAAAUGCACGACAUUGGUGAAAAAUAAAACCGCAGCGGCCGCCACCGCUUUACAAUUUACAUGCCCUCUAUUCACGGCCAAUGCGUGCUCUGCUGCGGGGGGCUCGAGCCUCUCACAGACGCAGGGUUCUGGUAACCCAUGUUCUAUACUCGAAGCUGCCAAGCAUCAGGACAUUGGAUUGCCUAGAGCAUUUUCUUUCUGUUACCAGCAGGAAAUUGAAUCCACUAAACAGACUUUGGGCGGUAGAAACAAAGCUUUGCCUGAGCAGGUUUGGAUUAAAGUAGGAGAAGAAGCGCUAUGUAAGCAAGCCAUAAAUAAGAGGAAUCGGAGUAGAAUACGUCAGCUGGACACAAAUGUAGAACGAAGAGCCCUUGGAGAGAUUCAGAACGUGGGCGAAGGCUCGACCUCCACACAGGGCGCUUGGCCGCCUGCGGAGUCCUCGCAGGCAAACCUCGGGGAGCAGGCCCAGAGCGGGCCCCAGGGAGGAAGGUCGCAGCGUAGGGAGAGGCACAACCGCAUGGAAAGAGAUAGAAGGCGCAGAAUCCGCAUUUGCUGUGAUGAGUUGAAUCUUCUAGUCCCGUUCUGCAAUGCGGAGACGGAUAAGGCGACCACCCUGCAGUGGACCACGGCGUUCCUGAAGUACAUUCAGGAAAGACAUGGAGAUUCUCUUAAAAAGGAAUUUGAGAGUGUGUUUUGCGGUAAAACUGGCAGAAGGCUCAAGCUGACCAGACCGGACUCCUUGGUGGCGCGUCCCGCGCAGGAGGGCCUACAGAGCAGCCCAGCCAUGGAUGUCAAGUGACCAGAAGGGACCGCUAGUUCCCAGCAGUGGCGGCUGCUGCCCGGGGGCCCCGAGCGUCUGUGCAGCCCCGGAGCCCCGGCUGUCUGGCUCUGGGGGACGUGAGUCCAGUUGAGGGGCCUCUGUGGCGACGUUACAGCACGUUUUGUAAAGAUGUUUGUCUAGAACAAAAUACUUAGCCAUUCGUGUCCUCUUAGACCAUUUGGGGAUGAAGACAUGUUGACAAUUAGCAAGAAACUUUUCAAUUAUCUGCCUGAUUCCAUCAUGUUUUCUUAACAUGAUAACUUCAAAAAUUAACAUCCUUCAUAAUUUCCUUAGUCUUCCAAGGUACACUGCUUUUUAUUUUAUUUACAUUUUAAAUAUGCCCACUUAGCAAUUGGAACAAGUUAAAUUGUUCUUAAUUAGAAGUAGUUUGGAAAUUUUACUCCUUUGUUUCUCCCUCCCCCUGUGCUGACUUCAGUCACAUGGGACUGCAUUGUGAAAUGCCGUCCGUGUCCAGACCUCUUGCUGGACAUUUUCCAGAGACUCCCUUUGAAGCCACUUUUGUCCAUAAAUGAGAUAUUGUCACAGUGGAUUCCUUCAAUGCCCUCAUUUUCAUAUUGAGAGUCAUUACUUUCUGUGUAAUAAACUGUAGUGUUUGGAACUGAGGUUUUCACAUGAGUGGCUUUAUUUAUCACAACAGGUAAUAGCAGUAGACUUUCUCGCAAUACAGGGUC